CCCCUCGCAGCUGAUUGGUUGACUUAAUUAGAAGAAACCAAUCCUAAAGAGGAGGCUGUGAUCACCUUUUGUUUCUUACCUGCCUCUCACUGCCUCAGUUACUUCAAGGAAUCAGAGCCAAAGACUCACAUGAGAGGUGUUUUGAUGAGUUUUCAAAUUUUAGCUGCAGAUAUAGUCUUUCACUGCAUGUGAAAGUGUAUGAGUGUGUGCAUGUGUGUGAGCUGGAAGUAUUUAUUGUCCAUCAUGAGUCUGAAAAGCAGGAGAUUCUCACUGGACAGCAAUGUCUGUCUGGAUGGAGUCGGGGUCUUUGGCGUAAGAAGAGGCAGCAACAGGUUUAGCAGUAGGAAAUCCAAACACAGCCAGAGUCUGGACGAUGCCCGACUGGAGAUCCAGGCGCUAAAUCACAGCCUCAACUCCAGCAUUGCUCUCAGGAAGCAGACAAUAACAGAGGAGAGCAUUGAGCGAUCAGAUGGGCUCAUCAACAGUAGUAGCUUCCUGAAGCAGAACAAAACCUUCCACAAACUGUUCCAAGAGAUUCCUGAGGGGGAGAACCUGACACACACAUUCACCUGUGCCUUGCAGAAGGAGGUGCUGUAUCACGGAAAAAUCUUUGUCUCUGAGAACUAUGUGUGUUUCCACUCGUCAGUGCUGCUCAAAGAAACCAAGGUGGUGCUUUCUGCGUGCAGCGUCAGUGGGGUGAAGAAACAUAACUCCGCUUUAUCCAUGCUGUCUAUUCAAACUGCUGAUGGAGAGAAGUACACAUUUGUGUCUCUGAGGCACCGUGAGAUGUGUUAUAAACUCCUCCAAAGUCUCUGCUCAAAUGCACAGGGGGAGUGCAGCCCUCAUGCCUCCGCUGCAGAAAAUGAAGCUGAUCAUGACAAAGCCUCCAGUUAUUCCAGUUUGGAGGACAGCGUGGAUCGUGAUCUGAGCAGACAGAGCAGCAUUUGUCUUGACAACGGCUUUCCUCUGAUGCCUGGUGAAGGUCCUACAAGACAAUAUUCCACCCUCAACACCUCAACAGAUGACGACAGACGUUUGUCUGUAUCAUGGGUUUCAAGGAUCACUGAGAGGGUCACACCGCUCUCUUUCCUCAGAGAAGGUAGUAACGCCAGCGUUCUCGCCUACCUCUGCAUUAUGCUGAUGGUGUUGCUCUUGUUGGCGUCCGGGUAUAUCGGGCUAAGGAUCAUGGUGCUGGAGGAGCAGCUGACUGAGUUGACUUUACACCAUGGAGAGGGCAGCCCAAGGGUGGGGUGUAACAAAUGAGGGCUCGUCCGGGAUAGAGCAUCCAUGAGGUGGAGUAAAUGUAAGUUUCUGUGUGGAUCUCUUGGCCUUUUUUUGAGCGUAGAGGUCAUCUCUUUUGUUAGAUUAUUUGUGGUAGUUGCUCUGUGUUUAGUUGUAACUUCAGUUUUGAGCACCCUGACUAGGUAGUCACAGGGCAGGUAAGAUGUGCAUUUAACAGCAGCGAAGAUAUAUCUAAAUAUCCGUUUACAAACUCCCACACAACUCAUGCAGUAUAACCACAGUCCCAUUUAUUCAGUCUUAUGCUCAGUGCUUCCCAAACACAUGCAUUUUCACUAAAACCUUAGUAUUAACAACACUUCUGCUGCUCCUGCUCAUCUGUGCGUGACACUGUUUGUGCUUAAGUGUUUUUAAAUAGUAAUGUUUUAGUAUAAAAGCAUGUGUGUGGGAAGUAGUGAGGACACGGCUGGAAAAAUGAGACUAAAGUUAGGAGUUGUGUGAGUGUGUUCUCUGGUUUUGGAUUCUUUCUUCACUGUGGAGGAUAUACAAAUGAUCAUUUUGUAGGUGAUGUAUUCCUUAACUUAAGGGACUGCUCCCUUCACCACUGUCCCCUCUUCAUGCUGCUUCCUCUUCUUUUACAGGUACCAUCAAACGUAGCCAGUAACAGCAGACUGUCACAAACAAAUCCUCCAGUGCACCUCUCUGUUAAGAUCCUGCUGUACAUUGAUCCCCGUCUAGACAGACUCCCAAAAGCAUCUUAGCAGUGAGACUCAUCCGUUUGACACACAGAAACAUCUCUCAGUUGAAUAUACAAUAUUGUGCACAAACAAGUCCGCUCGCAGCAGAGAUUGGCCUCCUGUGUUAGCGCCAUGUCAACAGAGCAUGCAGGUCAGCAGUAAGAUGCUUCUGGGAAGUCUGAAGCGGGCCACACGCAGUGAACUACACGGAUGACUGACUACGUUGGCAGAGAUGCACCGGGACAAUAUUUCUGUUACGAGCAUGCUCGUUCUCUGCUGACAGAUCAGAUAUUGAAGAGAGGAUCUCCUGCACUGAGCCAUAUGGAGGCAGCCUGCUGAAGCCAUGCUCAUUUCCUGGCCGGUGAACAGCUGAGCUCAGCGAGCCGAGGUUGACGGAGUCUUGGCCGUCGUUUUCUUGGAUCGACACUGCAGGCUGCGACAGUGAGGACACACACACACAGUGAUAUAAGCACUUAAUUGCUGCUUGAAUUUAUGUGUAUGUUUUGAAAUGAGGGUUCACAUUGUGUGAGUGUAUGCUAUAAUAUAGUGACAUGUUUUAAAGACUGUUAGUGACAGUAAUCAUCCAGCAGAGGGCAGUCACUCCUAUUAAACCUCACUGUUACAUGAGGCACCAAGGCAGGGUGUCACUUGGCACUUCCAACACCAGGCACUGAAAUGUCGUCAAAAUACUAAUGUUACAAAGAGGUUUGCUACCGUUCCUUUGGUCAAAUUCAUCUUGUAAAUUAUAUAUUUGAGAAUGUGUAAUGUUCAUCCACAUUUUGGCCAACAUUUGUCUGUGACUCUAAUCCAAUUUUUAUGACCAAACAUCCUGUGAAUUCUGUCAAUACCUGUGGGGAAACAUAAGUGGUUGUACAGUACAAAAAAGUAUAAGGGCCACAAUGAGGAGACAAAAACUGCAAGAAUAAAGUCAUAUUUUAAGAGAGAAAAGUCAAACUAUUUCAUGGAAAAAAAGUGACAAUAUGACAUGAUUAAACUCAUAAAUGUAUUGGUGUAGGAGCUGAGCCUAUUACUUGCAGCUACAUGAGAUGUUUCACCCGGCCUGAUUUGGCUGAUGCGUUGCACGUUUGAUGCCACAGCUUUCUUGGUUGUGUUGAGUUUAGGCGAUAAACUUGAGGUCCUACCUGUUCCUACCUUCAUACAAUAACGCUCCAACUAUCAGUACAGUGCCACAAACAUAGUGUGUACAAUUAAAGUCUGCGGAGUGAAUGACAUAUUUGGCUCUUACACUGGGGAAAACUCACUUAUUUAUGCCACAAAGUCAGAUGAAAUAGUAUAAAGCAGUGGUUCCCAACUGGUCCAACCAGGCAGUUCAGAUUUUUCCUUAUUUGUUAAUCCCCGUUUCCACCGAGCAGUUCAGUUUGCUUUUUCUCCAUUUCCACUGUGAAAAGUUGUGGAUGGUACCAACAGAACUGUUCCGUACCGUCCCCAUGUUUGGUCCCCCCUCUGUUGGGGUACCUAGCACACAGAUCUGGUACUAAAAGGUGGAGCUGUGAACACUGCAGUCUGAUUGGUCAACAGAGGACGGUCACUCUGCUCAGGGCUGAGUUGUGGCUGGUUUUGAGGCUCAUGUAACCACUGUUCAUACUGUGGAGAGUUUCACAUAUAUUAGCAAACUAUAAAUAUGAAAUGAAAGGAUGUUUUGCUGCCUCUCACAGCAGCUGGAGUCUGAGAAAAAAGAACUGAAUUCACUGGGCCAACUGAUGGCAACUUUUAAGGUGGAACGUUAACUUGUAAUGUUACUCAGUGUGGGAGGCGACGACGUGGAUCAGUCAACACCUUAAAUAUAACAUGACAACUGUGACCAUCACUUUAGUUUUUAUAUGACAUACACUUUUAAUGAGCGGAUCUUCAAGUAUUUAUAUAAAUUUCAGCCAGAUUUUGUGAACUGCAUAUAUUCUAAUCCUCACUCAGAGAAAAAAAAAAAAGUGUUGUGAAGCGUCGUUCCUGUGGGCUCUGCCAACACUAAACCCCUGAGCUUGCCUUAGAAGGACUAAAUGCACAAAUCUGCUAUUUUUAAAUAUCCCAUGGAGAGAGACUCUCACUGCAGCCUGUUUUAUUUUGUUCUGAAAAUGUCGGCGUGCAGCCUCGUUCUGUGGACAAUAAAUGAGGUGCAGACUUCCAUCUGUGUCACCGGUGAUGUGGAAAUACAGUGAGUGACGACAACUCUGCCCACUUUUAAGGAUAUUCUUUGCGGCAUUCUAGGAACAGGCAGACCCCCGAUUUUUUGGCAGUCCGGUUUGAUUUGGGCAGAGGAGGCGAAUUUCCGUUUCCGACUUCCGUUUAUAUAUAAGUAAAUAUGCUGAACCAUUGCGAUGGAUUCAGAGUUUGCAGUGACACCAAUUAUGUUCCGCCUCAUUAGUUCACCGCACGGACCAUUUAACCUGGCAACAACUGCAGCUGGCUCAAACGUGAUUGGUCACGCGGACUACAAACAGCCUACAACUGGAAACCAGGGCUCUUCCGCUCUUCUUCCGGAGGCAAGAUCUCCAGGGUUUGCCUACAGACUCUACAUUCACUGAAUGUAGAGUCUGUAUAUAGACACUAGGGUCUAGGUACCGUGUCUGAAGGGUUACUGUUGGUUCCAAAGGUACCAUACAGAAAGUGCUGGUGGAAACGGGGCAUUAGCUCGAGGUACCACAGUUUAAUUCAUGCAGCAUCAUACUUGAGUUCGGUGAUGACUCUGAGCUAGUUUGCCAUUUCAAGUAGCUGUCUGAUAGUUACUCACUCUACGGCAAAAAACGACACUUCAAAAUAAAAGCUCUGUGCCAGAAAUUCACUGUACUUAAAAAUUAAGUUUGCUUUUUACAAACUUGACAUGUUUGCGAGUCACUUAGGGUCCAUUUAGGAUGUGUUUUGGGCCGCGACCCAUCACUUGGGAACCACUGGUAUAAAGAGCGAGAAAGUCCCUGACUGGGAGACGAUGCAGCUAAGGGACUCUCGUCUAUUUUUAUACCAUGUAAACUGACCUUCUGGCAUAAGUAUGAGUUUUUCCUCAUACAUUUAUGAGUUUAUAAUCAUGUAAUAUUCCUUUGUCUUGAAAAAUUACACCUUCAUUCUCAUUACUUUUUUCCUUGAAAUAGUUUUACUUUAUUCUUGUCAUGACCUUGCUUGAAACCUGAGAUUUGUUUUCUUCAGUGAGGCCUUAACACCUCUUUGUAUUGUGUCAAAUCGUAUUAUGUUCAAAUUCCAUGUUUUAUAAAGGAUUUUUAUGACUGGACGAACCCUGUACAUUAUCUGCACCCAUUCCAGCCAAUCUAGGAAGAGACUGUGUAUUAUUUUGUAUCUUAUUAUCCUAAACCCAUCAUCAUUUGUGCACCAAAUUAUCUUACAAUGUACAUGUAAAUAUUUUUUGCAUCACUGUCUUAUUAACUUAUACACUGUGCAAAAAUACAAAGGCUGUUUCAAAAACAA